AAAAAGAAAAGAAAACUCCAGAAGUGAAGAGAAGCGAAGCUGAGAGGAAGACGAGAGAUCUCCGCUUCCGCCUCCUUCCACGGAGCUCGACGCGUCGACGCCUUAACAGAGUCAACAUCUCCAAACCCUAACCCUAUCAUCCUCCAAUGGUGUGAUCCUACUACGCUUCUUCUUGGUCUGGAUUUUGAUCUCAUCUUUUGCCCGCUCAAAGCCCCUGCGUGAUUCGUGGCCGUGCUCAAGAUCUGCUGCAACGAUGAGGACAUUUGCAGCGGGAGUCUGGAUCGUUUUGGUGAUUAUUUCAAUGCUGUCCUUUUUUCCGACUCCUUCCCAAUCUGCUGUUUCCAGCGUCGAUCUCGGAUCAGAAUGGAUGAAGGUGGCCGUUGUGAACUUGAAACCCGGCCAGAUCCCGAUCUCAAUCGCAAUCAACGAAAUGUCGAAGCGAAAGUCCCCGGCCCUCGUGGCCUUCCACGGUGGCGACCGCCUCGUUAGCGAGGAGGCCGCUGGGAUCGCCGCCCGGUACCCCGACAAAGUAUACUCUUUCGUUCGUGACAUGAUCGGGAAACCUUACAAGUAUGUGAAGGAUCUAACCGAGUCGCUCUACCUUUCGUACGAUCUCGUCGAGGACUCAAGAGGGGCCGCUGGUAUCAGGAUCGAUGAUGGCGUAACCGUGUAUAGUGCAGAGGAGUUGCUUGCUAUGGUACUUAGCUAUGGAAUUAGCUUAGCGGAGUCCCACGCGAGGGUCCCUGUGAAGGAUGCUGUAAUUUCGGUGCCACCGUUCUUUGGCCAGACGGAAAGGAGAGCAUUAAUUCAGGCCGCUCAACUGGCGGGGAUCAAUGUGCUUUCGCUGAUUAAUGAGCACGCAGGAGCAGCUUUGCAGUACGGCAUUGAUAAGGAUUUCUCAAAUGAGUCGCGACAUGUGAUAUUUUACGAUAUGGGUUCCAGUAGUACCUACGCUGCUCUAGUUUACUUUUCGGCAUACAGUGCAAAGGAGUCCGGGAGGACGGUCUCGGUAAACCAGUUUCAGGUAAAAGAUGUUAGAUGGGAUGCUAAACUUGGAGGACAAGAUAUGGAAUUGAGGCUAGUGGAACACUUUGCUGAUGAGUUCAAUAAGCAACUAGGAAGUGGGGUUGAUGUAAGGAAGUCUCCUAAGGCAAUGGCAAAAUUGAAGAAGCAAGUCAAGCGGACCAAAGAAAUUUUGAGUGCUAAUACAGCCGCACCAAUUUCUGUUGAAUCCCUCUUAGAUGAUAUUGAUUUCAGAAGUACCAUAUCACGGGAGAAGUUUGAAGAACUUUGUUCAGACUUAUGGGAGAGGGCACUUGUUCCAGUAAAAGAAGUGUUGAAACAUUCUGGUAUAAAGCUAAAUGAAAUAUAUGCUGUGGAGCUGAUUGGCGGAGCCACUCGUGUGCCGAAGUUACAGGUGAAGCUCCAAGAAUUUCUAGGAAGGAGCGAUCUGGACAGGCAUCUUGAUGCUGAUGAAGCAACAGUUCUUGGUGCAUCAUUGCAUGCUGCAAAUCUGAGUGAUGGAAUCAAGUUGAAUCGUAAAUUGGGAAUGAUUGAUGGAUCUUCUUAUGGCUUUUUGCUUGACCUAGAUGGCCCUGAACUUCUGAAAGAUGAGAAUACUGAUACACUACUUAUUCCAAGGAUGAAGAAAAUGGCCAUUAAGUUAUUUAGGUCUUUCAAACAUGACAAGGAUUUUGAAGCUUCACUCAGCUAUGACAAAGCAGGUGAACUGCCUCCGGGAGUUUCUUCAUAUAAAUUUGCAGAAUAUUCAAUUGUAGGUCUGUCUGAAGCCAGUGAAAAGUACUCAACUCGCAACAUCUCCUCUCCCAUCAAAGCCAAUCUGCAUUUUUCUUUCAGCAGAAGUGGAAUUUUAUCUCUUGAUCGAGCAGAUGCAGUCAUUGAGAUAUCUGAGUGGGUAGAAGUUCCGAAGAAAAACACAACAACCGAGAAUAAUUCUACUACUAAUUUUGACGCAUCUUCUGAAACUAGCACGGACACUAUUUCACAGGAUAGCACAGAAACCUUGGAGGCUGCUGAGGAUAACAAUAUUCCAUCUAACUCUACCGAGUCUGAGAAAGAUGCAAUUAUUGUUACUGAAAAAAUAUUGAAGAAGAAAACCUUUAGGAUUCCCUUGAAGGUAGUGGAAAAAACUAUAGGUCCUGGAUUGAUUCUUCCUAAAGAUUUGUUUUUGGAGGCUAAGAUGAGAUUAGAAGCACUUGACAAAAAAGAUGCAGAAAAAAGGAGAACUGCAGAGCUUAAAAAUAGCCUUGAAGAGUAUAUAUAUUCUAUAAGAGAAAAGAUAGAAGACAAUGUUGAAGUUGAGAAAGUUUCAUCUGAAGAAGAACGCCGUUCCUUCACAGAUAAACUUAGUGAAGUCCAAGAAUGGUUAUACACUGACGGCGAGGAUGCAUCAGCGAAUGAAUUCAAAGAGCGUCUGGAAUUACUCAAAGCCAUUGGGGACCCAAUAUUUUUCAGAUUGAAUGAGUUAAAUGCACGACCAGUUGCUUGUCAACAUGCCCGAGUGUAUCUCAGUGAGCUGCAAAAGAUUGUAAGUAACUGGGAAACAAAUAAGCCAUGGAUUCCUAAAGACAAAGUUGAGGAGGUAUUGAGUGAAGCAGAGAAGCUAAAAAAUUGGCUGGAAGAAAAGGAGGAGCUACAAAAGAAGACCUCUGCUUUUCUCACUCCAAUUUUCACGUCAGAAGAAGUUAACCAAAAAGUGAACAAGCUUCAGGAUAAGGUGGCCAGUGUUAACAGAAUUCCAAAGCCAAAACCUAAAAUUGAGAAACCUCCAAAGGAAGAAACAGUAAGCCAAGAUAACAAUACAAGCACCUCCGAUGGCACUUCUGACGAACCAACAUCUGAGACCGAGCAAACUAAUGAUUCUGUUGAUGCAUCCAAUUCUAAAACUGAUGAAGAAAGUGCUCAUGACGAGUUAUGAGCAUAUCAACCAGCUGCUAAUUAAGCUAAAUGGAUAGCCGUUCAAGUUCAGGAAAUUUAGAGAAUCUGAUGGUAUAUGCAUCAUUCAGUUGGUAUACGCAUCAUUUAGUAAAGGCUUUUUUUUUUAAUGGUAGAGCAAGGAAAGGGGCGUGCGGCAUGCGAUAUAUAGAUGAUGGGGGUGUCAGUUAUUUUAUCUAAAGGCCAAGAGCCCCAUCAUGAAGAUCUUAUUUUUGAGAUGCUUUAGUCUGUUGUUUUGGAUUUUAAUUUUUUUCUUCACGCCUUAAUGGCUGCAGAAAGGACGUCCCAUUUUUCACUUUGCUAAUUAUUCCCACUUUGUAGAACGGUUAUCGUGAACUUUAAAUUAUUAAUCAAAAGCACAAAAUCAAGAGAUUUACAGCA